AUGAGCAACACUACCGUGACAGGUGCACCCUGUUCUGGUCCGGACUGCCCAUCCCUGGCAGUCUUGACGGCCAACUUGGACACAGCCGGUGGGCUAGAGACAUCAUGGCUCCUUCUCUGCACCUUCCUGGUGAUUUCGAUGCAGCUGGGCUUCGCAAUGUUGGAGGUCGGCUCUGUUCGUGAAGCACAUCGCAUGACGGUCUUAGCCAAGAACGUCCUGGACUCUGCUGUAUCCUGCCUGGUCUUCGCAGUAGCUUCGGGGCGGGGACUGUGGGAAUCAUCUCUGGUUCUGGAUGCCGAUGGCUUCAAGAUGUACGACAUGCAGCUCUACCAUUGGGCCUUCUGCGCGACCUGUGUCACCAUCUGCAGCGGCUCCAUGGCAGAGCGAACUCACAUCAUAGGCUACCUCACACAUGCCUCGCUGAUGGCGGGUCUCAUCUUCCCUCCGAUCGCCGAAGCA